CCUCUACUCACUUCUCGCUUCCUGAUCGCUUCGCCUGCGAGUGUGCCCGAGUGUACGCUAACGGGGAACCGGCUGCCACAGACCUCCAGGCCAUGCACAAAAUGUUUGGCGUUUGAAAGGAUCGUGCAAAGUGCAAGCUGAGUUAUCUGGACCUUUAAAUGUCGCUGCUUUUGGAGCUCGUAAGACAGCUGUUUGAAUAUCUGGGGAUACCGGAUGAUCGGCUUGAUCAAAUAUGGCAGAGCUACGCCAACAGGCGCAGAAUUCUACAGGCUCUACAGCUUUAUCUUCCUCCGUGGUUACUUCAAAGGAUUAAUCUCCAGGUUGUACAAGGAUGGGAACGCAAGGAGUAUGGCUGGACUCGCAGCAUUAUUCGUGUGAUAGGCACCUUACUACCGUUGGAUCCUUGCCCAAGACCCCGCUUUCAGCAUGUGCUAGGUCCAGAGAGAAAGGCAACGGUCUGUAAAUCUGGGAUUCCUUCUCUAGUAGACGUACAGUGGCUGUCUGAGGAUGACGUAAUGUCUUACACCAUGUUUAGGCAUGAUCUGGUAAAUCAGCCCAAAGAAGCCAUGUUUUUAGCAAGACAUAGUGACAUAAAUCCAAGUGGGCAACCUAUGAUUCCAAGUAACAUAAAACCAGACUGCGGCCAACUUGUCCAAAGUGAGAACGCAAUCCAGAAAAUUGCAGCCCUCGAAGACGAGCUGAUGAAAUUGAGAGCACAGAUUGCUGCUAUUGUUGCCACACAGGACACGAAAAGCAUUGAGUCUUGUUCUGAAACUCUGAGUUCAUUUGGCAGCCCGGGCAAUGGACUUCCCCCACCAUCGUUGGCUUCCACGCCUAUUCAUGGACAGUUAACACAGUUUGCAGCAGCACCACCUCCACCUCCACCUCCUCCCUCUGCCAAACACAGCCCUGGUGAAUCUGCAAUAGAUCUUAUAAAACAGCGCAAACAGGCUCACCAGCACAGCACGAGAGAAAUGGACAAAGUAGAAAACAUAAAUAAGCCUCCCAGCAUGAUGGAUGUUUUGAAAGACAUAAAUACAGUCAGGCUGCGUGCUGUUGAAAGAUCCCCAGGGGGCACUCCCCUGACACGAAAAGACAAGAAGAGACGGUCUCUCAAUGACCCAGCAGCAAUUAUAGCUCAUGCACUGAAAAAGAAGUUUGCAUACAGACAGAAUGAUGACUCAUUCGAUAAAGAAAAUCGAUCUCAUGAGGAUUCUGCAUUCUCAAGUCCAGAAACACCGCAGUUUGGACGUCACCUUUUGAGGCCCACCGGAAAGCGCAUACAGAGGGAAUUUCAGAAAAAGGUUUAGUUGGUAUUGCAAGUUUGCGCUCUGUUAAUUAGCUGCGGAGCGUCGGUGCUGAUGUUGUCGGGGAAUACAUAUUAGAUGUACCAGACUGGCAGCCUUACAAACUUUUAAGCAUUUCUUUUGUUGUAAAUGCUUAGAUUUUAACAUAAACUCAGUGAAUAUAUUGUAUGGUGAAAUGGACACCUUGAGACCCAUGGGAUAUUUAUUUUACAGAAAUUGUUUUAGCUGCUUUAAAAAGUGUUUGAUGUUUUAUAAUAUUCUGUAUAAAGCCCUAAUUUGAUUCUACUGGUGUUUAUUGUGCUUCAGGUAUCCUUCUGCUCAAUUGUAUAAGCUUUGUUCCCUUCUGCAUGAAACAAAGCGUAUUACAAAGCUAGUAAAACCCUCAAUUUAACUCUACAUUAAAUGUGUCGUUUAGAUUUGUUGAGUGCCCAUGCAGCUUCAAUUAUUUUGUUUUUUUAUAGAUUGUAUAUUUUUUUUUUAUUAUUGGUUUUCAAAUACAUUCAA